AUGUCGCUUUCUAAUAAGAGGCUGGAAGGAUAUGAUGAUGAUGAUGAUGAUGACGGAAUUGUCGCCAUCGAUCAACAAAAAUUACUCUUACAGAAAUCAGUCUUCAAACGUGUUGAAUUUCAACAUUUUUUCCCAACACGAUAUGUUCUUACUCUAAUGGGGUUUUGGGGCUUUUUUAACCUUUACGCCCUUCGUGUAACCUUGAAUGUAGCUAUAGUAGCCAUGGUAAACAGCUCAAAAGUGGAAAAAAAUGUUACCAUGAUUGACGAAUGUCCAUUACCUAAUAAUGAGAACUCUACAAGUUCUGCAAAGGAAGGCGUGUUUCAGUGGGAUGAAAAAAUCCAAGGAAUUAUUCUAGGAUCAUUCUACUACGGCUAUGUGGUGACUCAGAUCCCUGGAGGCCGGAUGUCAGAAAUCUAUGGUUCUAAAUGGUUAUUUGGAGGAUGUUUAUUAAUCACUUCAGUUUUAAGUCUUCUGAUUCCUGUUCUUGCAAGGCUUAAUGUUAUGGCUUUGAUUGCUGCUCGAAUUUUACAAGGAUUGGUCGGAGGACCCAGUUACCCAGCAAUGCACUCCAUGUUAGGACGUUGGCUACCCCUCUCACAAAGAAGCUUACUAUCUUCCAUAAUAUACAUGGGUGCGGAGAUUGGAACAAUGGUAUCAGAGCUUCUCACGGGAAUUCUUUGUGAUUCAGACAUAUUGGGUGGAUGGCCGUCUGCUUUUUAUUUUUUAGGUAUAGCAGGAAUAAUUUGGUUUAUUCUGUGGAUGGUGUUAAUAUUUGAUUCCCCUGAAAAACAUCCAAGAAUAUCGGAGGAAGAGCUCCAAUUUAUCCAAACAAACCAAGGCAAAAAGCAUGAACACAAGCAGAAUAUUCCAAUACCGUGGAGAAACAUUCUGACAUCACUUCCGGUCUGGAUGCUGAUUGUCACUCAUUUUGGGCAGGACUGGGGCUUCAGUAUAUUACUAACAGAACUUCCAACAUAUAUGAAAAAUAUUCUCCACUUUGAUUUCAAAACAAAUGGUUUGCUAUCUUCUCUCCCGUAUUUAUUUCGGGGAGUAUUUGGCUGGAUAGCUGGAUGUCUAGCGGAUUUAAUCAGAGGGAAAGGAUACAUUGGAAUGAGUGGCACUAGAAAGAUCUUCAACACUAUAGGUUGUAUAGGACCAGCUUUGUGCUUGAUUGGCGUAGUUUAUGCAGGCUGCAAUAACACCUUAAAUGCUGCUCUCUUUACUCUAGCCAUGGGUUUUAGUGGAUUUUCAUAUGCUGGAUAUUUAGUGACCCACAUGGACUUGUCUCCUGACUUUGCAGGAACAUUAAUGGGGUUAUCUAACGGACUUGCCCAGAUGACCGGAUUCAUUGCCCCAGCUUUUGUUGGAAGUUUAAUAGAGCACAAUGAGACAUUUCAACGAUGGUCCAUCGUUUUCUACACAACUUCUGUAGUUUAUGUCAUUGCAGCAAUCUUAUUCGUUAUAUUUGGAUCUGCAGAGCUGCAACCCUGGGGUGUAGUGGUCUCUGAAGAAACGGACAGUACUGAAGAAGACACUACUGAUAAUUGUCUAAAUCUCGAUGAUAUUCCAGUAUUUAGUGUUUCAAAGGUUAUCGGUAGUUAACAGUAUCUGUUUUUUUUAUGUAUUCUCGAUUAAAGAUGACAUGGUAUAUCAUAUAGUUUGUGUUUAUUGAAAAUCCUCGAGGAUAUACAAUAUUAUAUAUCUUAAUAGCUGUCAUUUACAGUUGACUGGAUAAAGUGAGAUUAGAUGUAUGCAACUUCUUCAUGACCAAGCCUAAUUCAGGACAUCGAAUACUUACCCUUUUCAGAAUUAUUUUAUUUAGUAUUAUAUUUCCGCUAUUUGUGAUGAACCCAAAUAUAUAUUUUACAUCAUUUUCAGGACAGACCUUUUUGUCUUGUUUCAUGAGAAAGCCCAUUUCUAAGGGCUGAAAUUUGAGUUUGGGUAUUUUUGAUCAAUAGGCUGUCAUGUUUCUCUAACCCUUGUUUGAUAUUGUACAAUAUUGUGGAUUCAGGUGGCUCACAAAUUCUUGAACUUUGCCUUUAGUUUGUGGCCAUAUAAAAAUCUAUUGUUAAUAUAUCUAAGUCAAAUCCAGGGAAUUAAAGUGGCGUUAUCUUCGAUAUAUUCUGCAGAAUUUCUACAAGUAUGUGAAUUUCUUAGCUUUAUCAGUGAUAAAUGUAUACGAAAUGAACUUAACAAAGCUGCUAUUUCUUGCAUUCGACAAAUUAAUGUUCCAGUAAAAUU